GUUGCAAAGUGCACAGCGCCUAUAGAACACACUAAAAGAAAGAGAAAACCCCCAAAAGCCUAAAAGGAACUCUUUAAAGGUUUGAGGCAAAGUAGUGCAAAGUAGUCCCUGAGAAAGUGGCGUGACGCACACUUCCGCGUGAGGACUUUGUGAUGAAUCGAUGCAUGCGGAGCGCGCGCACCUGGUCGAGAGCAACAGCAGUGUCCGCGAGGUGAGGACUGAACGCGCUCGUGAGGGGGGAUUUUAAUGCACAAGGAGUGAAAUGUGUGUCGGAUUACAAACUAUGAGGAGCUUUUCUCUCGUGCUCCUGCUGUCUGUCCUCCACACCUGCUCGCUCACAGUGCAGUAUGAGGAGGACUAUGAGGAUGUCACUGUGAACCAGAUGCUGGCUCCCAGGUCUCAGGAGAGCGACGCCACGGAGAUACUCAACAACCUGCUGAAGGAAUACGAUAAGAAAUUGAGACCGGAUAUCGGAGUGAAACCAACUGUUAUAGAUGUGGGCAUAUUUGUGAACAGCAUUGGACCCGUGUCUUCAAUCAAUAUGGAAUACCAAAUCGACAUCAUCUUCGCCCAGACGUGGACGGACAGCCGCCUCAGAUACAACAGCACCAUGAAGAAACUGACUCUGAACAGCAACAUGGUUGGAAUGAUUUGGCUUCCCGACACCAUCUUCAGAAACUCCAAGACCGCAGACUCCCACUGGAUCACAAUGCCCAACCAGCUGCUCCGGAUAUGGAACGACGGGAAGAUACUCUACACCCUGAGGCUGACGAUAAACGCAGAGUGUCAGCUGCAGCUGCACAACUUCCCGAUGGACGAGCACUCCUGUCCGCUCGUCUUCUCCAGCUACGGAUACCCUCGAGAUGAGAUGAUCUACAAGUGGAGGAAGAACUCUGUGGAGGCGACGGACCAGAAGUCCUGGAGGCUCUACCAGUUUGACUUCAUGGGUCUGAGGAACACGACGGACGUCAUACAGACGACAGCAGGUGACUAUGUGCUGAUGACCGUGUACUUUGACCUGAGCAGAAGGAUGGGAUACUUCACCAUCCAGACCUACAUCCCCUGCAUCCUCACCGUGGUCCUGUCCUGGGUCUCCUUUUGGAUCAAGAAGGAUGCCACUCCAGCCAGGACCGCUUUAGGAAUCACCACGGUGCUGACGAUGACCACCCUCAGCAGCAUGGCCAGGACGUCCCUCCCCAGAGUCUCCUACAUCACCGCCAUGGACCUCUUCGUCACCGUCUGCUUCCUGUUCGUCUUCGCCGCGCUGAUGGAGUACGCGACGUUGAACUUCUACUCGUACAGCGUUCAGAAACCACGCUGCAGGGAACCUAGAAGAACAAACUACUCCGUGCUGGAUGUGAGGCCUCCGCACACCGUCAUCGCGUUAAACAACUCCCUGUACUGGCAGGACUUCGAGGAUGCUUGUGUCUACGAGUGUCUGGACGGGAAAGACUGCCAGAGCUUCUUCUGCUGCCUGGAGGAGUGUAAAGGAGGAGGGUGGAGGAGAGGACACCUCCACAUCGAUCUGCUGGAACUGGACGCAUACUCACGUGUGUUUUUUCCCACCUCCUUCUUGCUGUUCAACAUCGUGUACUGGGUGGGCUAUCUCUACCUUUAGCACACAGAGGGGCUCACAACACCAGGAGUUUAACGGAGGAGAUUCAAGGUUAAUAAAAAGGUAACAUCGCAUACCUGAAGCAGCUACCUGGAGAUAAAAAGAGAAUGUGUGCCACAGCUUUGCAGAGAUUUCUGACUUCAGGUGAGAGAAUACGGCACAUCCAUUCAAUAUGCCAAACACAGACGGAGAACAGGAUGGACUGUGCGAAUGGGAAGACAAAGAAGCUACUCCAAACUUCUCAAUCAGGAUGACGACUCGUCUCGUAGGGAACGUUAUUAUCCAGCCAUCAGUCAGAUCCAGUUGAUGAAAAUCCAAGGACGUUCAGACCAUUCAUAGUGCCUUCCUCCGGGGGGUAGAUACUAUCUGCUAGAAUAAUCAGGGAGUAAUGAUUUAUAAUUUAAAAAAUAGAAGAGUCUGGCUUUGACUGAUUGUGGCUGUCCCUGUUCAGAUUUAUAAAACAGCCGUUUGUAUAACAACCACAUGACAAAUCUCUUCAUACUGACUCAUUCCUCCUCACUAUCAGAGCCCUAUAAUAAAUACAUUGGUUCCCAGGGAAGAGAGCCAUUAAUAUAAACGUACAGCAAAAAGAAUUCAAUGUCUUUAUUGGCAUCUUUUUAUGUUAGAGGAUGGGAGGUGAGAGUUCGAUUAGCCAGCAAACUCUCUUUUGUUGGCUUUCUUCACGGGGAAAUUGAUACCAACUCUCCUGUCUCUAUGCUCGAUAUUAAGCUAGCCGACAGCCCCUCAGUUUAGCUAAUAAUAAACAAGUAUGAGGUCAAUCCUAUGUUAUCCAGAUGUGUCUCUAAAUAUCUCCCUGAUGUAGCCACAUGCUAACAGCUUUGGGCCAAUCCUUUUUUUAAAUGUUUACACAUUUCUUUAAAAGGGAAUAUUUUUAGGUUAUUUGGGGAAGAUCUUGACUUUCAUGCUGAUAUAAUGAAAGCUAACUCGUGUUUUUAUGCUAAAUAUUUGGCUAUUUAGCAGCCCCCUUAGCUAAUGUAAAGACUGAAAACAUGCUAGCCACAAGCUAACACUUGAGGUUGCAACAGGCAAUUCUAUGUAUCUUCUAAGAACACCGAUAUUUUUGGGGUAUUUAAGGAAAUAGCUUUGUUUGAUAAAAAAUUGAUAACACUUUUGUGUUGUUAAAUAUUUAGCCACUCUGCAGCCUGUUAGCUUAGCUAAAGCAAAGACUGAAAACAGGCUAACGGCUAGCCUGGGUUUGUCUGAAGGAAACACAUUUGCUCUCCAAAGUUACCAAGAUGUAUAUGAAGGGGUUAAAAUGGUUGAUCAUGUACGGUUAGGAGGUUGAUAUGUGUGUUAUUUAAACAGCUCUCUAUGAAGAUUAGCCUAUAAGAUAAAGGUUUAACUUUGGAUAGAGCCAGGCGAGCUGUUAGCCUGUUUCCCAUUAUGCUAAUAUAAGCUAACAGACUGCUAGCACUAGCUCCUUAUCCUGCAAGAGUGGUUUCAAUUAUCUCAGUAAAAAGUGAGUAAGCUAUGUCCCACAAAUGUUCUGAUAUUCCUAAAGUAAAUGUAUAAUAAUUAGUGGUUUAUUGGUGGCUGUAAAUUGGCCCAUAUUUCUUUCCAUCAUGCUGAGGAGUUUUUGGAGGCUGUAAAAAUAACGAGGCAGCUUCUCAUGAAGACUGCUUUCUCACAGGCCAGAGCCUCUGAGGGUUAACUCCCAGGGAACCAAGGCAGCCCCGCUUUAAUCCAGGAGUUAUUUUCUAGAUGUAACACAUAUUCUCACCUUGUAUUAGUGGUUGCUGAGCAGCUUCUUCUCACCAGAGCUCUUAACACACAAUAAAUGUGUUUUUCUUUCAGUCAAACUCACAACGACCCCUUCACCUAACACUGCUUGGCCAAAUGAAAAGUAAUGUGUCUCAUUUGUACUUUACUGUAGGCACGAAUAUAAUAAUCUCACUCGUAAGGAUCACUGAUUUUAGUGCAGUUUGUCUUUUAUUUGCACGCAAUAGAGAGUGAAACAUCAAGAUAAUCCGUUCUGGGAUAGAGUUAUAGUUCUAAUAACAAAUGGUUGUGUUAUAAUUUGAUUUCCCGUGUUUAAACGUGGCAUUAGUGACCGUUAAACUGCCUUAGUGUAGCCCUCCCAGUCCUGAGAUUAAAUACAUAUUUACCUCUGAUUAUAACCUCAGCCAAGGCUACUGCUUUGGGCAGUGGAACUUUUUAUAUCCCCUUUUUAUUUUUAUUUAUUUUAUCUUUGCUAUGUAUGUGCCAAAUAUUUCACAUAUGUGCCCAGUCUUUUAAGUUCAGCCAAGUUUGAAUAUAGAGUAUAAAUUGUGAAUAUACACUGCCCGGCCCAAAGACAGGUCCCCAGCCUGUGGGGGCAGUGCUGUGAUCUGGGGUUGCUGCAGUUGGUCUGGUCUAGGUUCAGCAACGUCCCCAAAGAAUGAGGUCAGCUGACUCCCUGAAUAAACUGAAGGACCAGGUUAUUCCAUCAGUGGAUUUCUUCUUCCCUGAUGGAGCGGGCAUGUUCCAAGAGGACAAUGCCAGGAUCCAUCGGGCUCAGAUUGUGAGAGAGUGGUUCAGGGAGCAUGAGACAUCACUUCGCACAUGGAUUGGCCCCCACAGAGUCCAGACCUGAACCCGAUGGAGAGUCUUUGGGAUGUGCUGGAGGAGACUUUGCGUAGUGGUCUGAAUCUCCCGUCAUCGAUACAAGAUCUUGGAGAAAAAUGAAUGCAAGACAGAAGUAAAUGUUGAGACGUUGCAGAAGCUCGUGGAAACGAUGCCACAGAGAAUGCGUGCCGUAAUCAAAGCUAAAGGAGGUCCAACGGAUAUAGAGUGUGGGACAUUUUUGUCCGGGCAGUGUAUAUAUAUAGUAUAGUUGGGAGGUAAAGACCUUAAAGGGAGACACUUCAGGCGAAUAUGAAAAAAAAGGUACACUUGUUUCGUAGUUUACCAGUUUACAUUUUGUUGGCAUGUGUUUCUUACAAAGGGGAUUCUUGACAUCUCUUUGAAUCACUUCAUAAAUCAGAAAAUCCUGGGGGGGAGAACGUAAUUCCUCCAUGUUUUUAGUAAUAAUAAACUCUUUGAAUGAGAUGAAAGGGAAAAAAACGUUUUGGGGAGAAUUGAAUUAAAGAUGUGUAUUGUAAAAUGCUAUACACACUAACAGCUAACUGAAUAUAUCACCAUACUGUUUCCCCAGUUCAUUACUUAUAUGUUUAAAUGUGCAAAUGAGGCAUCAUCUCAAGUUUACUUUUUGUGAAUUUAGUAGAAAUCUGCAGACACAAAUAGAGAAGGUCCGUAAAGUAAAAUACCAAAUGUGGAUUAUGGAUGUUUUCUAGCCUGAAGUGUCUCACCUUAAGGAGUACAAUACAUAUAUGUAAAGCUGGUACUGGAUGGAUUUAGCCAGGGUUGAUGCUGUAUUCAUGGUUUUAUGUUCAGCAUUGGUGUAAAGUCCUGCCUUCUGUGCCUGCAGACCAACGAGAUACUGAAUGAAAAUGGAUGCAGCCACACACGGCAGUGCACCUGUUCAUCACUGAGAGCAGCUCUUCUGAAUGUCCUUUCAGUUGUUUUAUUUGGCAAUGUGUUCGUUUUUAUAAGUCAUCAUACUUUGUAACAAUAAAAUAAAAUGUAUGGCAUGUUUUUGGCCACAGAAAUAUUGUUUUAUAUCCAGUUAUGAUCAUUGUUGAUUGCUCUGUGGAGCCCAGAUGUUCUGCUGACAGAUGAAGGGUGAUGCAAUAAGGUUAUUCUGAGUGGUGCUAUACUUUACAAUAACUCUAGCAGUACCAUGUUAGGAUUGAAGCUCGAAGAACACACUCUUUUUCGGGACAUUUUUUGCCUUCGUUAGACUGAGAGAGGGAGGGCAGAGAUCCCAAUUCACAACACAUCUUUCAACAGGCCCUGACUGUUAAAAUCUGUCGAAUGAACUCCUUCUGUCAGUCCGUAUCAUCACGCAAUAGUGUCUAAAAACACACACGAUAGGUCCUUAUAUCAUAGUAGUAAUACUUUUCUUCAGUAAAGGCUUUACACACCGGGGGGCUGACGAAUACAAAACAUCUAAACCCAUCAUACUGUAAAGGCAGCGAUGCAAAACCCAAUCAAUAAUGACCAACAAUAUCCCAGAGCAGCGUCGGUCAGAGGUUAAUUGACAUUUCAAUCAGCUUGAUAUAUAGUUAUUGCCAAGAAUACACAGAUGAAUGUUCCGGUGUUUGGCGAUUAGACCCCGUUGUGCGGGAGAAUCAUUCGGGAGGGAAAACUGAGCUGAUAACCCCCCCCCCUGGGGUCUAGACACUGGUGGUGGUGGAGGCAUGAAGGGAUUGAGGGAGGUCGGUCUGAAGAGGAGUGGUUUAAGCUUGAUGUGAACCUUGGAUUCGGAGGAGCAGGAGGUGGAAGGGGGUGGAGGAGGGCUGCAUCGAGUCACCUGAAAUGACAGCUGUGAGGAGGGGAGAUUUAAAGGUUGAACGAUGCGCUGUGAUUGGCUUGUGGGAAUACAGACGAAAGUAAUAGGUUAAGCUGGGGAGAGAAGCCCCCGAUUGGUGAUUUGGAGUCGUGAGCGAGCAAGAUGGAAAUAUGUGAAGGACAGAAUAUUAAGGCGUGCGCUGAGCUUCAUAUCGCCGAAGUUACUGACAUUUAUUUGGUGAAUUUGAGUUUCCUCUUGUUACAACAUCACGAUCAUUUCUAUUCCGUUGUACGACGUCGCACCAAGUAUGUACGAUUGUUUGAUCAUUGUGUGGCGCCUCCACCUAGUCUCCGUUGCUCACUCCAGUGUACGUUUAAAAUAUGUCAGUUUUGCAAAAUAAAACAUAAAGGGUUGAUGCUUUUAUUUCAUCUUAAAAACGGUAAAAAAACUGUAAAGAAAAAGAAUAUCCACCUUUUCGUAGAAACUGAAACAUCGCUGUUAUAUUGAAAAAGUUCUUGAGACGAAAACAAUACUUCAAUUAAACAUUUUGAGUCACCCCCAAGUGUGUAAAGGCUUUAAAUCGCAUGUAAGGUCAAGGGUUAUUGUGAACGUGGCUCCGGAGGGUCCUUAAAUGUUCAUCAUGUCCCAUUUUCUUUUGUGUAAGACUUUAUUUUACACCAUGAAAGUAAAGGGAUUUACUUUGGACACAAAUCACAUGUUGGUUGCGGUAACAUGGUUAAAUAUUCAGUGUGUAUUGGAAGCGGUGUCCAGGUGUUGAUUUAGACCUAAAGGGUUAACGAAGAACAUCCACAAAUCCCCCAUAAUUAACAUAUUACCAGAACAAAAUGAACUCAAUGUGCCUUUAAACUGACACUACAGAUCUUAAUUUGCAGACCACACCGCUCCCUUCUCAUAUUUGCUGUUGUUUUGGCCCCAUGUUUUUGUCCAGAUUUCCCAGUAUUGUCUCUGCAGAAACUGGGAAAGCAAAAGGGAGUCAACACUGGGAGGGAUUCAUGCUGGGAUUUGAUUGUGUGUCUCCAGACUGGCCUCUGAGGGACGGACACUUAGACAUGAUAUUAGUCUGUUCUAUGCUAAUCCAUUUGCAAGGACAGCUGUGUUCUUCUGUGUGUAGUAUUAAUGCCGUUUUGGUGACAAACCCAGUGCAAACACUGCACUGAUUCAAAGGCACAUUCAGUGUUGUGAUGAAAAAGCCAAAGACAUUUCUGUUUCUGAUCAAUCUCUAAAUGAUUGAAUCAUGUUGGAGGAAAUGGUUGUGUUUUGGGUAACGGAUCCAUGUGUUCAGUGAAGUACUGUGAACGUAACAAAUAAUAAGCCUAGAAGUGCUCUAAGAUGGUUUCUGUCUUUUGCCAAGUUAUCCACUAUUGUAUAGAGCGGGGCAGGGAUGAGACUUGGAUUCAGCAAGAUAACCUCCACAUAUUAACACUGAUUAACGAUUUCUGAAGUACAAAGCUAACGUUGGGCUAUAAAGGAACUACAGCACGGUCACAUGACUUCACGUCACCACCGCUAAGCUAAAGGAGGCUAAUGUUGGGCUAUAAAGGAACUACAGCACGGUCACAUGACUUCAGGUCAACACCGCUAAGCUAAAGGAGGCUAA